CAUGAAAGACAUUUACAAGGACGACGAACUCACUAUCCCCGAAGGUGUCCAGGUUGCCAUCAAGGCCCGUAAUGUCACUGUCAAGGGUCCCCGUGGUGAAUUGAGCAAGAACUUGCGCCACUUGAACAUCGAGAUCAAGUUCGAGGGCAAGGACAAGCUCAAGUUUGUUGUGUACCACGGUAACCGCAAGCACGUCGCCUGCAUCCGCACCGUUCGCUCGCUUGUGAACAACAUGAUCAUUGGUGUUACCAAGGGUUUCCAGUACAAGAUGCGUUAUGUCUACGCCCAUUUUCCCAUCAACGUCAUUAUCAACGACGGUGGUAAGGAAGUUGAGAUCCGCAACUUCUUGGGUCAGAAGGUCGUCUUCCGCAUCAAGAUGCGCGAGGGUGUUAUUGUCGAAGCCUCCAAGAACGUCAAGGAUGAAUUGACCUUGACCGGUAACGAUCUUGAAGCUGUCUCCCAGUGUGCUGCUGAUAUUCAACAGUCUUGCCUCGUCAAGAAAAAGGAUAUCCGUAAGUUCUUGGAUGGUAUCUACGUCUCUGAACGCAAUGUUCUCGAGGCUUAA